AUGAAGAUCAACGCCACCGAAGCGGAAACCAGCGACAACGACGUCAUCCUCGGGGGAGCCCACAAGGCCAAUGUUGCAAGAGCAUCCGGAGCAUGCCUGCUUGCAAAGGGCCUCAAAGGCAAGGAGUGGUACAUGGAUAGUGGAUGUACCCAACACAUGACCAAUCGGAAGGAGUGGCUGCAAAAUUUCAGAGCAUCACCGAUCCCGUACGUGCUGUUGGGAGACGAGGGGAAACUUCCUGUGAAAGGGGAAGGAGAUCUAGUGCUGCAAAGUGCUUAUGGUGAGGUGAAGCUGGACAACGUGCUGCUGGUGGACAAGCUCACACGCAACCUCAUAAGCCAAUCGCAGUUGGACAGCGGUGGGUGCAAGACUUUCAGUGACAAGGGCAGCAUAUGGGUGUUCGGUUCAGAUUGGAAGGUGAUAGCGGAAGGAUCAUGCAAGCAAGGGCUGUACGAGAUGAAGCUGCACAAAAAACAGAGUGGUGAGAAGCCCACGUACAUGGCUGAACCGGAAGCGGGCAAGGUGGCACGAGAUGAGCUACGCACCAAGCUGAAAAAAGUUCCGAUCAAGGAGCUGCAGCAGCAGGCGCUUCCUAUGGCUGCAGCAGUGAGCACGGUGGACGUCAACCUACUGCACAGGAGGAUGGGGCACGCUGGUCACACUCGAAUCAAGCAGCUGGUCAAGAAGAACAUGGCAGCAGGAGUGAAGACCGGAAAAGUCACGGCGACCAGAGAUGUUACCUUCUACGAGCAGGACACCUACUUGGAGUGGAAGGGACGGAAACAAGGAGCUGUUGCAAAGGAAUUGGCAGCAGCACCAACUCCAGUGGAGGAUAUGAUAGAUGGGAGUGAGAAGGAGGGGAUAGGGGCAGCCAAUGGAAGCGGUAACAAUGACGACUACGAAGACCACACUACACCGGGUUUCGACUGGGUGUGGGAGGUCCAGGAGCUGUCCUCACCUUCAACUGCCGUGGAAGAGGGUGAAGAAGAAAAUGAUAAGGGAGAAGAAGCGGGUGACAGUGCAACGAAUGAAGCCGGUGAGGAAGAAGCUGAGAUUUCGGAUGUGGAAGAGAGUGUGGCUGAAUCUGCCAGCACGGGGUACUCCGACCCAUGGCGCAUCAUUGACACGGGGGACAAUGAAAAGGCGGCAGCAGAGAUUGAAGACCUACUUGUGGAUGGAGCGAUCAUCAUCGGAAGAGAGAUUGAAGGAUAUUCCGUGCAACAAGGAACGGAUGAUAAUGCAGCAGCAGAGAAAUGUGGAGCUGAAAAUGAGAAUGAGGAGAUGGGCAAAGGGAAACGGGUCAAGAAACACAACCCCAACAGCCUUGCGGACAAGGAGGUCGAUGUGGGAGCAGAAAUUGAGGCAUGGGGCAACAGGGAGAGAGCGCUCAAAGCUUACCAAUCCAUGGUAGGCUCAGUCAUGUACACGGUGUCAUGCACACGGGUUGAUGUGGCCUAUGCUGCAAGCUUUCUUGGACAGAGGGUGUUGCACCCCGAAGGACGCAAGUGGAAGGAAAUUGAGCGGACCAUCACUUACCUCUUGCAAGGGGAUGAUGAGGGGCUGUUGUUUGAAGGGGGAGAGGAGAGUCUAGAGCUAGUGGGGUACGCUGACGCCUCACACGGAUCAGACAAGAAGGAUGGGAGGGGGGCCUAUGGCUAUGUUUACCUCCUUGGCGGUACGGCAAUCAUGUGGCAAGCCAAGAAGCUCACCAACGUCGCUCUGUCAACUGAAAAGGCAAUGAUCAUGCGUCUCCUCCUCCCCGCAGUAGGGACAUCUGGGCUUGCUGCUGAGGAAGUCCACCCGUUCCCCAACCUGAAGGUUCAGGUUAUGAACACGUGUGAGGACGUCCCAGGGCCGGUUCGGGAUGACGAGCGAGUUUCGGUGCCAGGGACCAAGGCUGUCUUCCAUCCCUGCGGUGCUGCACGAAAGGCUUUGAGUGUGUCAAUGUCUUUAAUCGCCACCGUCCCGUCACCCUGA